UUUUAAUUCGGCAGACGAGUAGUCAUAUUCCAAAAUGGCAGACAAGGAGAGUCUUCUCUCAAACGGUUCUAUCGAAGCAUCUGGUUAUGUGGUCAAAAAUAAGGGCAAUUCUAAGCUGCCAUGCACCUUUGGAGCCGGUUUUAUACUGUUCUGGACGCUUCUCUUCUUUGCCGUUGUGAUUCCAUUUUUCUAUCGCUUGCCCACGGCUCUGACAAUGGAGGAUGCCAAGAAAAAUGAAUUCAUUGCUGAGCGUGCGUACAAGGAUCUGUAUGCUCUAUCUGAUAUUGGCAAUAAGUUGACUGGCAGCAAGGAAAAUGAGGUGGAUGCAGUUAAUUUCAUACUCAGCAAGUUGGCAGCAAUUAAGGACGAUAUGCUAAGCGAAUACUUCGAUAUGGAAAUCGACUUAUCGCAGGCUUCCGGCGCUUUCGGCUCUGGUACUACGCUUAAUCUUUACCAAGGUGUUCAGAACAUCGCUGUGAAGCUAACGCCCAAGCAGAGCACGAGCCAGUCAUAUCUGGUCGUCAACAGCCAUUUCGACUCCAAGCCGGCUACUGCGUCUGCGGGUGAUGCUGGCUUUAUGGUUACUGUUAUGUUGGAGGUCCUGCGUGUCAUUGCAACAACAAAACAGCACUUCGAGCAUCCAAUUGUUUUUUUGUUCAACGGAGCUGAAGAAAUUGGUCUGCUAGCCUCACAUGGCUUUGUAACUCAGCACAAAUGGGCCCCAAACUGCAAAGCUCUUAUUAAUCUUGACGCUGCGGGGAGUGGUGGUCGGGAAAUUCUCUUUCAAACUGGGCCAAACCAUCCGUGGCUUGUAAAGUACUACAAAAAAUAUGCCAAACAUCCUUUUGGUACCACGUUUGCAGAGGAAAUUUUUCAAGCAGGCAUCAUCCCAUCAGACACAGACUUUCGACAGUUCAGAACGUAUGGCAAAAUACCAGGCCUGGAUAUGGGUCAAUGUAUCAAUGGAUUUAUCUACCAUACCAAAUAUGACCUUAUCGAUGUGAUUCCUCGUGAAUCCUUCCAGAACACAGGCGACAAUGUGCUCAGCCUGGUUAGGGGAUUGGCCAAUGCAACUGAGCUCUAUGACAUUCAGGCACAUGAGGCUGGACACACUGUCUUCUUCGAUUUCCUGGGACUUUAUUUCAUUUACUAUUCAGAGUCGACGGGAAUAUUGAUGAACUACGUCAUUUCUGUAGCUGCAUUGACUUUCAUUUUCAUUUCAAUGCAGCGCAUGACUGCCGGCUGCAAGGUCUCAUUUUCACACGUCGUAUGCUGGUUUAUCUUGGUGCUCAUCGUGCAGGUUGUGUGUUUUGUACUCGGACUGGCACUUCCUUUGAUAGUUGCAAAUGUAUUUGAUGAUUGGGGACUAUCGCUGGCAUAUUACAGCACUCCGCUGCUAGUAGUCGGUCUAUACGUGAUUCCCUCACUAAUUGGCCUCAGUUUACCGCUUACCAUCUACUAUGCGGUGCAACGCAACCAUAAAAUAUCAACUGCCUACCAUGUCCAAUUAGCAUUGCAUGCGCAGGCCGUUCUCCUCACUCUUCUGACCGUAGGUCUUACAGCGUACGGCCUGCGUUCAACAUAUAUUGUCGCGAUUCCACUGGCCUUUUACGUGUUAUCGUUGGGCUUUAACUUAUUAACAACUCUGCACGAUCGCGGCUAUGCCUGGACGGGUGUCCUCAAAAUAAGCCAAAUAAUUCCGUUCUUGUAUAGCAGCUACGUCGUAUACUUAUUCAUCGUCAUACUGACACCAAUGGGUGCACGUGCAGGCAGCGCCACUAAUCGGGACUUGUACAUUGCUGUCUUAGCAGGAAUAGGAACUGUGCUUUCGUUUGGUUUCCUGGUUCCACUAAUCAAUACCUUCCGACGGCCCAGCUUUGUCAUAUUCACACUGAUCGGAAUUACAGCUCUAUCCAUAUUAUUGGCUAGCAGCACACAACUGGGAUUCCCGUAUCGACCAAAGACUAACGGACAACGUGUUGCCUAUCUGCAAGUGCGAAACAUGUUUUACGAGUUCGAUGGAACUCUUAGCAAGGACGAGUCGGGCUAUCUGUUUAGUUUCCAGGAUAGGCGAGAAGAAACCCCCUUCUUGGGACAAGUGAAUCUGACUGGACUGGUCAGCCUGAAACCGAACUGCGAACGCCACAUGCUGUGUGGCAUGCCAUUAUAUGAGUUUAGAUACGUUGAAAAUCGGCUGCAGAGCAAAUGGUUACCUCGCUCCCAGCCAGUUGUACCACCCGAACCAACCACAUUAAGUGUGCUAAACAAAACAAUUGUGAACAGCACAACUGUCCGGUUUGAGUUCAGCUUGGCAGGACCGACGUUCAUGAAUUUGUUUAUCCAACCUUAUGAAGAUGUGACCUUAACUGACUGGUCAUUUCCGAGCAGCAUCAAUGUAGAACCAACUUCGACUCUGCCAUAUAUUAUAUAUAUUGUGAUGGGCGUUGAUAGGUCUCCUUUGCUCUUCAACCUGGAGUUUUCGAAACCAAAUGGCAACUUCAAUGUACCCUUAUUCCAACUGGGAGUCUCUGGACAUUAUAUUCAGAAUGAAGGCGAUGCCGAAAGUGUUAAGUUCGCAUCCUCAUUUCCCUCAUAUUCCAUUUUGGCUCAAUGGCCAGCAGUGUACCUGAGAUACAUUUUUUAAAGACCCUGUUAAAAUCGAAACUAUUUGGAUUUAAGAUUUCUAUUAUUUUGUAAAUCUAAUUCGGAAUAAAUACAAUUAAUAUUUAUAACUUUUUAAUUACUAAUCUUAAGUAAUGCGAUGAUCUAGGCUCAAAUAAACAUAAAAGAGCAUGUCAAUGUCCCAAAUUUAUAUAUAUAAAAGCUAAUGCACCCGCAUAGCCCCACUUUCCAGCAUAG